AUGAAAGCCGAGCCGAUUCCUGAUACUUGGACAUCUGUAACAUAUUUGGUUUCUUCAUGUGCUUCUAUCUUUCUGGAUUAUAUAUCUAUAAAUAUUGAUAAUGCGAGUGGAUUACCCUACAUCUGUAAAGUGUAUAAGAAUGAUUGGAAAGAACUAAAUGACAUUGUCAUGGGUGAUAUAGUCUAUUCGAUCAAUGGAACUUAUUUUUCGAACACGAGCGAUAUUGAGCAUCAAGACCAGCUUUUGAGAAAGAUCGUUUCAUGUUUUGUUAAUUUUUGCUUUAUCUAUUGUAGUGAGAGCGGUAUUCCAAGAAUUGAGCAAAUCAUUUUGCCCGAUCGUUUUUCUACGAUUGAAAUUAAGAAGUUUGAUCACAGCGAUUUCACAUACAUUUCUUCUAUUUCUGCUUCCUAUUUUUCUGUACUCGCUGGAUCUGUGUUACUUGCAGUGAACAACGAAAUUGUGAUUAACAAAACCUACGACUCGAUCGUUUACCUGAUACAAAAAAACAUUCCGCCAUUGGUUCUAUUAAUCGCCUGCCCCUACAUGCAGAGCCCCGUGUCUCCCCAAGAAAUCCGCGACUACAUGAGCAACAACGACAUUCUCACCGUGAACUCUUCUUCCUUCCAAAACCACCAAAGCAGCCAGUCCGCUCCUUCGAUCCCUCGCGUCCUUCCGGAGUAUGGCAUCCUUCCCUGCGAAGAUCUGAGCGACUCCUUCGAGAACCAGCACAACUACACGCUGCAGCCCUACGCUGUGGAUAGCUACAUGUUUCCCCAGAGCCAGGGCUACGCGAUUUUGGAGAAGCAGUGGAUUCAAUCCAACGCACAGCGAUGGGAGAAGCACACCCUUGCUUGGAAGGAGUUUCUGCAAAAUCUUGGCGGCACGGCGAAGCUGAGUUUCAGCUGGUCGCGACAGUCUGGGAAGAAAUGGACACAGUCGCUCACGUCGAUGAAUCGCCAGCGAAACACGCUGCGAAUGCUGAUGCAUGGAGGCGUGCCGAACGAAUAUCGAGCCGAUGUUUGGUAUCGGCUGAGCGGCGGAAGCGAGUUGAAGGCUCGUUCUCCGAACUCGUAUCAGCAGUUGUAUCAGUCGCAACUGGAUUCGCGAAUUCGAAACCAGAUCGACCAGGUUUGCGUGUUUGUUAUUAUACAUGAGCCAUCAUUCCCUACGCACUCUCUCUUCGCGAAACGUGUGGUGGGAGAAGAGAAAGCGGGAGAGACUCGCCUGGAAGAAGCCCCCUAUGUGGCUUCGCUUCGGCGGAUUCUGCUGGCGAGCUCGGUGGUUUGCGAAGACUUCACAUACUGCCAAGGAAUGAAUCUGCUGGCUGCCCUUCUGUUGGUCGUGAUUCUUGACGAGGAAACAACGUUCUGGACGUUUGUUGGUCUUCUGCAGUAUUCAUUUCCACCGCAUUAUUUCGAUGAAACGCUGAGCGGAGCGAGGAUUGAUGCAGUUUUGCUCGAUUUGGAUGGAUGA